CAAAAACUAAAGUCGUGUCGUUCAAUGGUGACUACGGAGGCUCCCACCGCCGUCUCCGGUAUGAAACCAACGUCUCCGCCUCCAGAAUCAGACGGGUAUACUGAUUUCCUAGACAACGAUAGGCUAAAGGAAUCGUUUUCAAGUGGAAGUCUUGAUUUUGAUGAUUGGACUUUGUUAAUCUCCGAAGUAGAGACUUCGUUCCCAGAUGAUAUUGAGAAGCUGUGUUUAGUUUACGAUGCUUUCUUGUUGGAGUUUCCUUUGUGCCAUGGCUAUUGGAGGAAGUAUGCUUACCAUAAGAUACAGUUAUGCACUCUAGACGAUGCUGUUGACGUUUUCGAACGAGCAAUACAAGCAGCUACUUAUUCUCUAGAUGUAUGGCUCGACUAUUGCACUUUUGCUGUUGCUGCCUAUGAAGAUCCUCAUGAUGUUUGUAGAUUAUUUGAGAGGGGACUCUCAUUUGUUGGGAAAGAUUAUUCUUGCUGCGCUCUCUGGGACAAAUACAUAGAGUUUCUCUUGGGUAAGAAGCAAUGGAGUUCACUGGCACAUGUAUAUAUCCGGACCCUGAGAUAUCCAUCCAAAAAUUUGCAUUUCUAUUACAAGAACUUCAGAAAGAUUGCAGCUUCUUUGAAAGAAAAGAUUAAAUGUAGAAUAGAUGUUAACGGAGACCUUUCUUCAGACCCUAUGGAAGAAGAUUUGGUCCCUACGCCUCACAGUGAUGAGGAGAUCUCUGUUGUUAUCAGAGACUUUAUGGGUCCUUCCUCUAGCUUCGCUGUGGCAAAAGCAUUGCAUGCGUACUUGUCAAUUGGGGAACAGUUCUAUCAAGAUUCAGAGCAACUGAAGGAAAAAAUAAGUUGCUUUGAGACACAAAUCCGCAGGCCUUAUUUUCAUGUGAAGCCGUUGGACACUAAUCAGCUUGACAAUUGGCAUAAGUAUCUGAGCUUUGCAGAAACAUAUGGAGACUUUGAUUGGGCUAUUAAGCUUUAUGAGAGAUGCUUAAUACCAUGCGCUAAUUACACUGAGUUCUGGUUCCGCUAUGUGGACUUUGUUGAAAGCAAUGGUGGAAGGGAGCUAGCAAACUUUGCAUUGGCUCGAGCAUCACAAACUUUUGUCAAGAAUGAAUCUGCUAUCCAUCUAUUUAAUGCACGGUUCAAGGAACACGUUGGAGAUGCAUCUGCCGCUUCUGUUGCUCUGUCCCGAUGUGGCGAGGAGCUUGGUGUUGGUUUUGUUGAAAAUGUGGCGAAGAAGGCUAACAUGGAGAAGCGUCUGGGGAAUUUUGAAGCGGCUGUUACUACAUACAGAGAGGCUCUGAAGAAAUCACUCGUUGGAAAAGAAAACGUAGAAACCACCGCACUGUUGUAUGUUCAAUUUUCUCGUCUCAAGUACAUGAUAACAAACAGUGCUGAUGAGGCAGCUCAGAUUCUGAUAGAGGGCAAUGAGAAAGUUCCUCACUGCAAAUUACUUCUAGAGGAGCUUAUAAGACUCAUGAUGAUGCAUGGAGGGUCUCGACAAAUAGAUUUGUUAGAUCCUAUCAUAGAUAAAGAAAUAUCUCAUCAGGCUGAUUCCUCCGGCGGUCUUAGCGCAGAGGACAAGGAGAACAUAUCAAAUUUAUACAUGGAGUUUAUUGACCUCUCUGGAACCAUACAUGAUGUGAGGAAGGCUUUGGGUCGACACAUUAAAUUAUUCCCACAUUCUGCCAAAGCGAAGUUGCAUGAGUCCCGUCCUUUGGGGAAUUCACUCAGAGAGUUGAUUCAACGAAGAGAAAAGACUCGUGAGUGCUUGAAUCAGGACCUAUCAACAAACAAAGGCACUGGCAGCAAAGUUGUUUCGCCACUAGAAGAAAAGAAAGACUUGCCUCUGAACUCUGAUGCUGUGCUGUCUGACUAUAUAAACACCGAGCCUAAUAUGGAGUCUCACGUUGAAGGAACCAAUAGUGUUGCAGAUAGGGAGAAACUCUGCGAGUCACAAAGUGAUCUGUCUACGGGACUAAAGUCGGAUGAAGAUGGUGAACGCUCUCGCGAAGUAAGCCUACCAAUACAAGCCACGCCAGAACCUGGUUUUGUCGCUAAACAAGCUCACUUCUCUUCCAGCUCAGCAGAUACUGUGAAAUCUGAUGCUAUAGAGAUCCAACCCAGUGGCUUUAGAAGUCCCCAAAGUCACCAAAACCAAGAAUUUAUUAGGCAAGCUAGUCGAAACAGGUUCCAGAGAAGAGAUUUUAACCAGAAUCAUAGAGAUCCCAAACCUCGCUCACAAGAGAGACCUCCCCAGAUGUCAUAUUCUUCAGUCACAACUGGCCGUGGGGGUUUUAGCCAGCAGAUGGCUGUUGCGCCUCGAGACAAUCGCCCAAUCUCACAGAGUCUGCAAACCCAGUGUCAGUGCUCUGCAUACCCCAUGGUUCAACCAUCCAAUGCUUACCCUCAAGCCCAGACCCCUGGACAGCACAUGAGUGUAGCCUCUUCUGACAAUCCAGCAGCAGUGCAAAGCUCAUUCUCACAGAUUCCGCAGAACCAAUAUCAAGCCUCCGCAGCUCAGGUUCAACCAUCCUUUGCUUAUCCUCAGUCUCAGGUUCCUCAGCAUCCAGUGCAAAGUAACGACCAACUAGAAGGUCAGGUGCAGAGCAACGAAGCUUAUAACCAGAUGUGGCAACAAUAUUACUAUUACAAUUACUACUACCAACAACAACAACAGCAACAGCUCGUGUCUGAACAACCACAACCAUAUCAGAAUCCUCACCCGAAACUAGAUCCGAAUCUCGUCUCAAAACAGUAUCAAGCUCAAGCUGGAACUCAGCACCCACAGUCUCAACAAGUGGAGCAAUUCAAUACACAGCAACAGAGCCAUGAACCACAAAAUCAACGGCAAAUUCUGUUCCAGCAACAACAACAACAAGAGUGGUUUCAACAGCAGCAACAAUGGCAACAGCAACAGCAACAGCAACAGUAUCAUCUCUAUAUUCAACAACAACAACAGUUGCAAGGAGAAGCAAAAGGCGAUGAACAGAGACCCUCCUCUGUGCCACAAGUCUCCGCAAGGGACAGCGACGUUCAAAAGAGUGGAGAAUCUGGAGGACGUGAAGUAGAACACUCUUCUGACACUUCCAUCACCUCCAUAUGAGUUUCAUGAAAGUCUUUAAUUGUUGCAGUUCAUUGUGUUGUGUAUUUAAAUUUUUAAAGUAUACUUUUCAUUUAAUAUUUUGUAGUACAUUUCCGUAAAUUUUAAAAUGUAGAAAGGAAUCUUAAACCGAAA